GAAAUCCAGGAGAAGUACACAGGCUUGCAGAAUGACAUGCAGGCUCUCGCGAGCAAAAUCGGCGAACUUGAAUCAGAAGCGGAUGAACACACCUUGGUAUUGGGGACUUUGAAGGAUGCCCUUCAGGAAGACCCCGAUCGGAAGUGUUUCCGGUUGAUCGGAGGCGUCCUUGUUGAACGUACGGUCAAGGACAUCGUACCAGCUUUGCAGACUAACAAGGAUGGGAUUCAGAAAGUCGUGACCAACCUGGCCGAACAGUAUAAGUCCAAGGAGCAGGAGUUUGAGACCUUCAAGCAGGAAUACAAAAUCCGACCGGUGAUGCGAUGA